UAGCAUGCCAGGGCGCGACAUCUCAUCCCUUAAUCCUGGUCAGGAGGAGGUACUUUGAUCUCCUCUGACUCGCCGGUUUGCAUCUGCUGGGAUCCGGCUUGGCACCGAUCUUCGCGGGGCGUGCUGCAUGAAGCCUGUCUAGACCUGAUGAGGGCAACGAACUCGCUACACAAAUCGCAACUUAAAUUCUCCUACACCACAGCCUUUGUUGUACAGGCUUGUCAGUCCCUUUCCGGCUUUCGAAGGCCUCUGCAGCGCCAGAUAGCACAGACUGUGCUUCUCCCAAGGUCAACAAGUACGCAUUUUGGCGUCGGCCCCUAUUCUCAGGAAAAGGCCCCUCAAGUGACACCAAGCAAAGGACCUUCUUCAAAGACAGGCGUGAUCCCGAGACAGGUUCUUUGUCCUGGCGAUUCCGCAGAAAAAGCCCCCGGAAGAACAACAAACCUCUACAGAUAGGUGGCUUACGUUUUUGGACAUCAAGUUUUGGACUUUCGUCUCCAGAGGAACAAUCUUGGCUGCACAACCCCGUCUCUCCCUCAGGCAGCAGUUCAAGAUCUUUACUGCGAUCAUUUGCUCUCUGGUCGAAUCAAUCAUCGAGCUCGGUUGCCGACGAAAAGCUCUGGAGUGGUGGACACCAUCACGCCCUCACUGACGAUCUUCAGCAUCCCAGAUUUGGUUCAGCAAACCCUGCUUAUCCGGCGAACUCUGCCAGCAAAUCCCCCAAGGCCAGUCGGUUGCCACGGUAUGUGCCUAUUGUAAUCCCCGACUUUGCACAACCCUUCGCGAGAGAACUCCGCACGUGCGCAUCGGAGUCGGAUAUUAAUAGCCAUCGAUACUCGACCGCUUCGACUAUAAAAGCAUUGACGUACGAGGCAGCUCACUCAUCAAAUUUAUCGAAUGUAGUUGGCGCACCGAGGACUGCAACGGGCUCAGAGGACAAGAAGGACAACUCGAGCCUGGUUGCACGACAAGAAAAUUUCACGAUGAACAACAGUCAAGUCAGCCUUACGGCCUCGGAUGUCAGUAUGGAGGCACCCACCGGCUCUGCCUCGGCCACAAACGGAGCGGGAAACAUUGGAACCGCACCAGGAGUCUCUCAACAGGGGACCGCGCCGACAAAUCUAUCUGGACUGGUGUGUAAUGUACACAGAACCACGGGGCAAGAACCACAUGCUCUUGUCGGGGCCACGACCACUAUUCUGGGCGACAAACUGUACGUUUUCGGAGGCAGGAUACAUUCUAGAACGAAACCACAAUUGACCUCGGACCUCUAUGAGCUGGAUUUGAUUCACCGACACUGGAAAAAGAUUGAAGCUGUCGGUGACAUCCCUCCACCACGAUACUUCCACAGUGUAUGCGCACUGGGCGAUGCGAAACUGGUCUGCUAUGGCGGCAUGUCUCCAGCAACUCACAAAAACGCGGCAAACUCGCAGGGUGGGAAGGGCGGAGUUGAACCACAGCCCGAAGUGGUCGUCAUGUCGGACAUCCAUAUCUUUGACGUCCCGACACGGAAAUGGACGCUGAUCUCGACAUCAGAAAACCCUCAAGGGCGGUACGCACACUGCGCAGCCGUCUUGCCGUCGUCGGCGGUCUUCACGUCGGCGAACGCGCCAUUGUCUGCCAUCCAACACAACCCGUCCUCAUCGGACCCCCAUUCGGGCACUCUGGGCGUACAGCUCGACGGGAGCGGAGGCGCAGAGAUGAUCGUCGUAGGAGGCCAGGACAGCAGCAACAACUACAUCGAGCAGAUCAGCGUGUUCAACCUGCGAAGCCUCAAGUGGACCAACACCACCUCGUGGGAUCGCAAGUGCGGAGCGUAUAAGAGCAUGGUGGCGCCCAUGACGGGGCUGUCUGCAGAACUAGUGGGAAGAGGAGUUCCCCUCAACGACCCAGAGGCUCUGAAGAUGACCAGAAGGCCCGGCACCUCGAUGCUGAUUUAUUCCAAUUACAACUUCCUCGAUGUGAAGCUGGAACUGCAGAUCCGGCUACCGGAUGGCUCGCUAGUCGAGAAGCCGAUGAGCGGCACCGUGUCGCCGCCCGGACUACGGUUCCCCAACGGCGGCAUCAUCGACGGUCAUUUCGUGGUCAGCGGCACCUACCUGACGUCCUCCAAGCACGAGUACGCACUGUGGGCACUUGACCUCAAGACACUGACGUGGGCGAGAAUCGACACCAACGGAUCCAUCUUCUCGCAAGGGAGCUGGAAUCGAGGAAUCCUGUGGAACCGACGAAACACGUUCGUCAUCCUGGGCCACCGCAAGCGCAGCUUGGUGGACGACUACAACCACCGGCGCAUCAACUUCAACCACGUGUGCAUGGUCGAGCUCGAGGCGUUUGGUCUGUACGACAACCCGCGAACGGAAACACCCACGUCGUCGUACGUCUCGGUCUCUUCCCCAGUCGUGCCCACCUCGUUGCGGUCCAGCUUGCCCACACAUCUGGCCGGUGGACGACCAUACAACAUCAAGGCCGAACAGUUGGGCCAAGCAGCACUGGGCUUGAGCGAGCUCUCAGACAUGGAGAUUGUGGCGCUGGGGGGCGAGAAGAUUCCCUGUAAUUCAUUCAUCCUUUCCCGACGAUGGGGACCGUUCUUCAACCAACUCCUGGCCGAGUCCGCGACCACGAACGAAACCGUGAGCGCGUCGGACGGCGCGACCUUGCGACCCGGCGGUGAACGGUCACAGGCGAGCCGCAACUCGUCACUGACCAUCACCCCCAGUGCGGCCAACGGGUUCGCCGGGACGCCGGGUUCUUCUAUCGCGGGAUCUGCUAUCAAUACCACGACGACGAUGGGAGGGUCUGGGCCGGGGUCCGAUCCCAUCCUCGACCCUCAGCGCUCACUCAGUCGAUCGACGACCCGGACGCUGGUCGAACUGCCCAACCCCACGUCGGUGCCGGCGUCGAACCGGCCACGGUCACUCUACCUGCCGCACAUGGCGCAGACGAUCCACCUGCUGCUGCACUUCCUGUACACGUCGUCCCUGCCGCCGGUGGGUUACCCCCUCUGCACGCCCCACACGCUCUGCUCGCUCCUCCAGAUGGCGCGCCCUUACCAGAUCGACGGCCUGCUCGAGGCCACGGUCGAACGGCUCCACGAGGCCCUGGACGGGCGCAACUCGGCCGCCGUCUUCAACGCCGCGGCCAUGGCGGCGGGCGGCGGCCGCGGGCUCGUCGGCGCCGUGGGUGGGGGGUCGUUGUCGUCGGGCAUGACGGGACGACGGGAGAGCGAAGCCACCGCCGUCGGUGAGCAGACGACCGCCGCGUCGUUGGCCGGCAAGACCGCGGGCCUGAAAUUGACGACCAGCUACGAGGAGCCCAGAAGAAGGAAAGGUCACGGCAAGAGCAGUUCAACAGACACGGCGUCCACCUCGACCUCGACCGACGUCUCGCACACGGACCCGGAGAUGUCCCCGCUCGACGACCCCGACGUGGGCGGCGGCGACCGAGGGGAGCGAGCCAGUCGGGGCCAGCAGGGUGACAGGGAGAUUCGAGAAAUGUGGACGGGAGACGUGAGCUCGGUGAUUGGGUUGCAGAAACGUGGGUUGAGAGGGUUGAUGGAGGGACGUAGGUUGAGGGAACGGGCCAACACGGGAGCGACGGGUGUAGAUGGGAUGUGAUUUUGAAUAUUGAGGUACACAUCCCCUACCAUCCAGGACAUCUACUUGUAGGUACCUACGGGGGACAUACCAACAUGCCAGACUUGUGUUGUUUGGUAUAUUGAUCUGGCCACUAAAUUUGUAAGUAGUACCAGUUUACUCGGGGCGAGGUUGAUACGGCAUACAUCACCAGGUGUUUAUGGAGUAUGUUAAAUUAACGGAGAGAUGAGAUAGUAAAUAGAUACAGUACAG